GAAUUUUUGUUUCCCCUUCACAUCAACAGCACCGCCGCGUGUUGUCUGCUUCUGCUUGUGUAUCUUUUUUUUCCUUUUCCUGUCCUUUAGACGCAUAACGCCGUCCCGGUCUGGCGGAAGUACGUUGCUGUUUGCACGACGUAGUUGAUCGAUUCACCGGUACUCUUUAUUCCGCGGAGCUGUGGCGUGUGUGUGUGUGUGUGUCUUCACGAGUGUUGAGCAGCAGUUGGUCACUAUCAUUGUUAUUUGAUGAUGAUGAUUAUUAUUAAUCCUAACCCAAUCAAAACACGCACAUACAAACAAAAUCCCAACUUCCUUUCUGCUUUGCCGAAUUAGGCUACGUCGCACGCGUACACCAACACGCACCGCAAUAAUAAUCAGUAUCACAUACAGAUCAUCAGAGGAAUGUCUGCGUUGUCUACGCGCCUGGUCAAGCAACUCCUGCGGCUCCGUGACCGCGAGCUGGAGCUUGAAAGCAAGCAGCACGAACUAGACAACAAGGUGCGCCAGGAGGCUGAACUGCAGAAGGAGCUAGAAGCGCAAAAGGAGAAGCUCGCCAAGGUGAAGAGCGUGCAAGUCACCCUUGAAAAGAUGAACGAAGAGUCGGAAGCGGAGUACAAGGCGGUGCAGGAGCGGGACGUGGAGCAGCGCAAGCAAAUGUCGGAGGAACUGAAGAAGAAAAUUGCAGAAGCGGACGAUCUGUCGAAGGACCUGGCGCAGCGCGAGCAGCGGGCGACGUCGCGUAAGGAACUCCUUCUUCGACAGCAAGAGAUCUACGACUCGCAUUCCAACUCUGGCAAGGAAAAGUUUGAGGAACUGGUGGCAAAGCGCGAGCUAGAGACGGCGGGAUUGAUGGAGAAGACGGAGGAAAACGUUCGCCGUGCACCGGAGCUGCGGGUGCUGCUGGCGAGCGAGACGGACGAACUCGCCAAGGCCAAAAAAGAGCAAGAGGCGCUGAAGGCGAAGGUCGACGACUACCUUGCGCGCUUUAACGAGAUUCAAUCACAGCUGAGCGCCGCUAAGGUGGUGUAUGAGGCAGCGGCGUCAAGCAAAGAUCGCAACAUUCGCGCGUUGAAGGCGCUGGAGAGUGACUUGGAGAUGCUGCGACGCCGUGCUGCAACGAGCAAGGCAGAUCGAGACAAGGAGCGGGCGAAGGUGUCGGCACUUGAGGAGACGAUGGAGGUGCUUCGUGGGCAGGCUCUUCGGUUUGACAACGUUGCGAAGAUGCUGGAAGGGACUGAGGAGACAACAGCGUGA